AUACCAUCCUGGUCCGGUGCGGUGUGGUCGGCUCGUCAUUUCGCCAACCUAAUUCCGCCGCCUCACUUCACCACCACCUCCAACCAAUACAGUACCUUCCCCACACCAAACCAACACUACCAUCAUCACCUCGAACGGCCUACUAGAACGAGGCAUCUGUUGAUUCUUUCGAUAUGGUGACCGAUCCCAGGAUGACGGCCUCCGAGGCCUUUGCUAUCAACGUAGCUGCCGUGACACGAAACUACGGUGUCAAUCCGAGAAUCAAAUACAACACUGUGGCUGGUGUCAACGGUCCUCUGGUGAUCCUGGAGAAUGUCAAAUACCCACGUUUCAACGAGAUCGUCAACUUGACGCUUCCGGAUGGGUCGCAGCGUGCCGGACAGGUGCUGGAAGUCCGUGGGAGCAGAGCUAUUGUGCAGGUUUUCGAGGGAACAUCCGGAGUCGAUGUACGAAAGACGACCGUCGAGUUUACGGGAGAGAACCUCAAGAUCCCAGUCUCGGAGGACAUGCUAGGACGUAUCUUCGACGGCUCUGGAAGACCCAUCGAUAAAGGUCCCAAGGUGUUCGCGGAGGAGUAUCUGGAUAUCAACGGUUCUCCGAUUAAUCCGUACUCGCGCGUGUACCCUGAGGAGAUGAUCUCGACGGGUAUUUCAGCUAUCGAUACUAUGAACUCUGUCGCUCGUGGCCAGAAGAUUCCGAUCUUCUCCGCUGCCGGUCUGCCCCACAACGACAUCGCCGCACAGAUCUGUCGUCAAGCCGGCUUGGUCAAGGGAAACCGGCCCGACAAGGGCAUUCACGACGGCCACGAGGACAACUUCUCCAUCGUCUUCGGAGCUAUGGGAGUAAACUUGGAAACCAGUCGCUUCUUCACCCGCGACUUCGAGGAGAACGGUUCCCUGGAGCGUGUCACGCUGUUCCUGAACUUGGCCAACGACCCAACUAUCGAGCGUAUCAUCACCCCUCGUCUCGCGUUGACCACUGCCGAAUACUUCGCCUACCAGCUUGAGAAGCACGUCCUCGUCAUUCUGACGGAUUUGUCGUCUUACUGCGAUGCCUUACGUGAGGUUUCGGCCGCCAGAGAGGAAGUGCCUGGACGUCGUGGUUACCCCGGUUACAUGUACACGGAUUUGUCUACCCUAUAUGAGCGUGCUGGUCGUGUUGAGGGCCGUAAUGGAUCCAUCACUCAGAUUCCUAUCCUGACUAUGCCUAACGAUGACAUCACCCACCCUAUCCCCGAUUUGACCGGCUACAUCACGGAAGGACAAAUCUUCGUCGACCGUCAACUCCACAACCGCGGCAUUUACCCGCCUAUCAACGUCCUCCCCUCCCUCUCCCGUCUCAUGAAAUCCGCCAUCGGCGAAGGCAUGACACGCAAAGACCACGGUGACGUCUCCAACCAGCUGUACGCAAAGUACGCCAUCGGGCGUGAUGCUGCCGCCAUGAAAGCCGUCGUCGGCGAGGAGGCCCUCAGCAGCGAAGACAAGCUCUCACUCGAGUUCCUCGAGAAGUUUGAGCGUUCCUUCAUCGCGCAGGGUGCAUACGAGAAUCGUACCAUUUUCGAGUCCCUCGAUCUCGCGUGGAGCUUGCUUAGGAUUUACCCCAAGGAGCUGCUCAACAGAAUCCCGGCUAAGAUCAUUAAUGAGUUUUACCAGCGCUCCAGCGCCGCGGAUAGGAAGGGGAAGGGGAAGCAGGGGAGUAAGGACACGAGGGACUCCGCGCCGAAGCAAGCCCCGCAGGAAGAGCAGUUGAUUGAGACGUGAUUUUCUUGCUUAUUGCUGCGGCUGUUACCUAGUAGUUACCUAUUGCGUGCGUUGUUUCUAUCAUUCGGAUUCCCUACCGCUUGGUUUUGUUUCUACCUACUUUUUCACCGGUUCGUUACUUACUGGUGGGGUGUGCGCACAUUCGCAUUGUGAUUACGAUCUCCCGGUGAAGUUCUACCAAUACGAAUGGAUUAGAGUAGGGAGGGUCAACCAUUGUCUAGUCAUGAAUCAAACAUGCCAUUUGCACUGCUC